AUGAGUGACUACCUUGCCACCCAUUUUAGUCAAGCUGUGAAGCUAGGAGAGGAGGAACAAGAAGAGCGGUUCGACUAUACUGAUAGCAGCCUCCAAGAACAAGGUGAUUCGAUGCUAUCGGUAGCUGGAAGUCCGCGACGAACUGUGAAGCCAUGGAGCUUUAUGGAUACUUUUAAUCCUAAGAAACAAGCCCUCGCCAUAGCUAGAGAGAUUGAUGUUAAAAGAGGAAUAAGGCUGGAGCUGCCGUUGAAACAGGAAAAACCUGCCUCUGAACCAGUCACAGACGAAAACACGUCACAGUCGACCAUUCGAAGAGUACCUUCGGGUGCCAAACCACAACCAAAUGGACAGAACCUGCGAGCCACUACGCCAGUGGAGAAUGAUGCCGCAACUUCCGGCAACACUAACGAACAAUCUAUUGGCGAUGUUGCUGGACAGUCGACACCGCUGACCUUGGCAAGAAUAGUCCAUCAAGAAGAAAGUCAAGGAGAGAAGGUCAAACAACCCGAAGAAGAUAAGGAGUUAAAAGCGAUGAGUAAAAUCUUAAUGGACAAAGAUAAACAACUUGAGAUAUUAAGUCAGGAAAUCAUAACGAAGGAACAUAACAUAAUCGCAAUCACUAGUCAGUUCAAUGAAGUGAAGGGUUUGUUAGAACUUUCUAAGAAGGAUAGGCUCCUGGAUGGCGAGGCCAAUGCUGGAAUGAUAAAGGAUCUUAGAGAAGAGAUUAACAGGAAAAGUCAUUCUAUUAAGGAAAUGCUAACAAAAUCAGAAGAAAUUGAAGAGAAAUCUGAACAGCAAAGGGAGAAGUUACGUGCAACAAUUGAGGAUUUAAAAGAACAAUUAGCCCGUGAAAGAGAAAAUGGCUUUACUGAACUACGAGCAGCAGAUACUGAUUGGCAGAAUAAGAUUGAGGAAAAAGAAGUAAAACUGCGAGCCAGCUACGACGCUGAUAAAUCGCAAUAUGAGCAUAAAAUCUCCAUGUUACAAGAAGAGUUUAACAAUAAGCUGCGUGAAAUCAAUGCGUUAGAGAAAACGAUAAAGGAUUUAAGUAAAGAACUGGAUGACCAAUUCCAGGCUUUAGAGAAGGCCAAAAGAACUAAUGAUGAGCUCGAAAGUCAAUGUAAUGUUACCAAAAAAUUACAAGAUAUGGAGGAACAAAACCAACAGUUAAAGCGCGAUCUUCAGAGCUCGAAAUCAUCUCGAAACGAACUGCAGACAGAAAAUACGGGGAUUAUGACGAAGUUGCAGGUCGCCAAUGAUCAUAUUAGGGAGUUAGAGAAAAGCUUAGAGUUAGCCAAAUCAUCUCAAACCACACUCCGAAAUGAUUAUGAACUAACAAUGAAACAAGUGGAAGAAGCAAGUAAACUUAAUGAACAGCGGAAAAGCGAAUUAGGAGCUCUAAAAGAAUCUAACGAGAGGACUCGAGUUGAAAAUAACGACUUGAAAGAAAAACUGAAUGAGGCAUCAAAAACCAAUGACGAACUGAAGAAAGACGUGCUGAAAGUACAAAUGGAAAAGGAGAAAGCAGCACAUAAUAGCGAAAAACUACAGACUGCAAUUCAACAGGAGCAACUUGACCACGAAAAGACAACCAAAAACUUACGCAAGUCGGAAGAGUAUUCAAGCAAUCUUACCAAAUUUGUGGAAAAUAUGACGCUGUUCAAUGUGCAUAUUGGGACAGUGAUGCUUCACUCAUUUGGAAAGAACCAUCAAGUGACCUGUAUUGAUCCAUUUUUUACCAUACAGAACAAGGAUAUAAUAGGCUUUCACACGAAAAGUCAUGACCAGAAGCAUCAGGAGUUAGACAGACGAAUAGACUCUUUAACUUUAAAAAACCAAAAAUUGGUCUCACAAAUUGACAAUCAAUGGAAGGUUAAGGUGGAAGCGUUGACUCAAGAGAGUAUAACUCAAAAAAAAGUAUUGGAUCAACUAGAAAUCAAGGUCAAAGAAGCAGAGAAGAAGUCCAAAGAACUUGAAUCAAGGCAAUUACAGUCUCAAGAAGAAAAAGCUACAAUGCUAAAGGAGAAAAAUGAUUUGAUCAGAGAACAGGCAGCGCUCAAUAACACAAUAAAUGUGCUCAAGGGCAGCCACUUCAAUAAGGAACAAGACAAGAUUUUGAGUUUAGUUGAAAAGAUGGAUAAAGUUACGACGACCAUAACACAGAUACGCGAGCAAAUUAGGCAGGAGGCAGAGGAGAAUGCCAAGCUUAAGUCGUCAAUAGAAAGUAAAGAGAAGGAAUUGAAUGAUAUAAGAAAGGAAUGCAACGACCAGAUUCUCAAGUUAGAGGAAUAUGAUAAUAUCAAAGUACUGUUAGAGAGCAAGGAAACUGAACUUGCCCAACUACAACCACUUUACGCUCAGCAAAAGGCUGAACUUGAUCAAUUGACAAUUGAUCUCAAGAGGCUCGAGGGUGAUCAAUCUAGAAGAAUCACAUAUGAAGUUGCACGCCAGUCAAGACCUGACAUCGACAGGGCGCUUUACGAUAAGUUGAUGAUCAGUAAGGUAGACUCCAUAGACCGAGUUGAGCUCCAAAAUAUCGUCAAGAACCUAAUUCUUUUACUGGAGAUCCCCUUCAAUAAGUUAACCAAGAAAGGCCCUCUGGUCGCCAUCUACUUAAAGUAUGAGAGACCAAUAUUUUCAUAUUUUGCUAAUCGCUUGCAUUUUGAGCUUUUCAACGAAGCUAUAGACAUGAUGCGUUUCACGAACGAGGCAUACGAUCAAUACACAGAUACUCAUAACAUGAAUACGAUCAAACAUCCUUUGGAAUCGUGUUUAGAAAACCUGUAUCAAAAACUUGUUUCGCGAUUCUGA